CUCCUCGCGCUGUGCCUGUCAAGAGAAGCCCCGCCCACCCGAGCCACCCAAACCAACCGCUCGCCGGGGAGAAAAGGGAAGAAACGAAGGCCCGCUCGGGUCGCAGAGAGAUAUACAUAGGUAUAUAUACUGUAUCUAUGAAAGAAAAACAGAGAGUGAAGCGUCGCCUUGUCAGGGUAGGGAGUUUCCGGGUUUCCAUCAGAGAAGUCGCCUUCCCCGGGACGGAAGUGAGAACUGCCCCCCCCCAACUAUGGACAAGUUUAGAAUCAGGAGUGAUGUUAUGUUGUUCUAAAUGAAUGUAUACUUUACAUUUUACUUUCUUUGUAAUUUUUUUCCUGGCUGAUUUAAUGUAAACCGCUUUGAGGGUUUUUUCCCUUAAAAAUACAAAGUGGCAUAGAAGAGAUAUUAGUAGUAUUAUCAUUGCUGCUGCUGUUAAUAAUAAUAAUAAUAAUAAUAAUAUUGCACGAGCUUUCACGGGGCCCCACUGCAUACGGUGGUACCCUCCGAUCCACCCACCAAAAAAACCAACAGUGAAAUUCAGCUCUUGUUUGUGUGGGAAAUCUUGUUUGCUUGUUUAUGCGAAUAUUCCAGUCCCAAUAAUACGUUUCAGCUCUGUCUCAGAGAAGCGGGGGGGGGGGGGGACGGACACCAGUGCAGAAUUCAGAAGUUGAAGCUACGUGUCACUCAACCGUUUUUAUAGCUCUGUCGGCGAGAUAGAGCGAUCUUUUUCACAUCACGCGCGCGGUGACGUCAGCACGUGACUCGUUCUUACUUUAACCCGCAGCGUCUCGGUAUUUAUCGCAAUUGAAUGAACAGGCGCGCGUGACUGAAUCGUUUUAGGCGUGCGCAUAGAAAAUCGCUGUCGUAGGACUGUUGCUAGGAUUGGCUGCAAGGGUGUAAACGGUGGCAGAUGCUAUUAAUUAGAGCCGUUUGAUGGGGAGGCGUUAUACCGUUUACUGGUUUUGUUUUUAUGUCUAGCCUAAAUAUUCAGUAGUAUUCCUCUUGUUGCAGCUCUCUGACAGAUUAAAACGAAACCAUGGAAAUGAUUAGAUGAGAAAACUGCCUAGUAUUAAUACCUUUGGCCGCUUGCUCUCCAGGGUUUCAGGCAUAAGUUUCCCAGCCCGUAAAGCAGAGGAGAGUAUCAGACUAUUUGAUAGAGUUUCCCCUUCAUCAACGUGGAGGGUGGAAUAUAUGGGUUUGCACAAACAUACAGUUUUAAAGAAUAUUUGGCAUAUAAUCACAGUAUAAUAAUAAUUAUAAUAAUACUGUAAUACUCUGCUUUCAUGAACUACCCUCAGCUGUUCAAAGUUUUAUUUAUUUUACAUACUUUAUCUCAGAAGUCAUUAAAUUACUCCUAUGAAAUCAACCAGUAUUAUUAUCCUAUAUUACAGGCCAGAGGAUUAGGGUGUAAUCCACAUUGCAGCACCUUUCAUUUGUGAGGCAGCAUUGUGCUCGGUUUUUGUUUUUUGCUAAUACAACUGCUGCUAAUGUGGCACAUUGGAAUACAAUGUUGCAUCUUCUCAGUAUAUAUAUAUAUAUAUAUAUAUAUAUAUAUAUAUAUAAAGGAUUUUCUUGUUUUACAGAAGUAAGUGUAAUGCCUCGUAUUUUUUUUCCAUGUAACAUUUUUACAAAUCCAUUUCAUUUGUUGAGGCAUUAGGGGGAGAAGAAAAAAAAAAGAAGGGAAAAAGAAAGGGGGAGUGGGGGGAGGGAAGAUGGAUGGGGGUGGGGUCGGGUGGUGAUGUUUCUAUUAUGCUUAAUGUAUGUAGAGUUUGGUGUCAGCGUUACUUGUGUUCCUUUGGUGGUGAGAGAGGUUGGGGUUGGCCUAGGGUGUGAUUGGCUGUGGUGAUCUUUGUUUUCAUGUGUGAGUGGGGUGGGUGGGUGUUUCGGAUCAGGUUAGCCAUAUUGAUUUGUAUGCUGUUGGUGGAUUAUUGUCACUGUCUUGUUGGGCUGUGUAUGUGAUAAAGGGGAGCCAUACCAGGGUGAAGGCGUCUUCUUCUGUUUGUCCCUGUGUCAGAUUCAGUUUAUUAGUUAAUUUUUCUAGUAGGGCUGUUUCCCAUACUAUUUGGUACCAUUGGUCCAUGCUUACUCCUGACAGGUCUCUCCAGUGUCUGGUUAUGGUGUUUCUGGCUGCUGAAAGUAGGUGGGUUAUGAGUUCUUUGUGGUGUAAAUGGGCAUUGUUGUCUUGGAAGAUGUUUAGUAGGGCCAAUUCUGGGGUAAUAUCUAAUACUUGCUUAGUUAUUUUACAUAUUUCUCGUAUGGCUGUUGUCCAGAAUAGUUGGAUUUUGGGACACUCCCACCACAUGUGGAGGUAUGUGCCUGUGGAGGUGCACCCUUUCCAGCAUUUUGGUGAGGUUCCUGGGCGUAUUAGCGCUAGUUUCCUUGGUGUUAGGAUCUUCUCAGUUUAUAAUAGCUUUCCAGAGUGUGUGCCAUUGUAAAGUGCAAUAAAAAGUAUUAGUGUCUUAAGUCACUUGUACUGCAUCUUGUAUCACGCAAUGUGAGAAGUGCUUGAAAUGUCAAUUUAAAAACCAACACCUGUGUGAAAUGUGCACAAGCAGUUAAUGCAUUAAUGGAGAAAGUGAUCUAUCCACCAAAGGAAGAAUCUGGAUCCUCAGAAAUCUGGUGGAGAUAGGAAAUAACACUACACAGCAAGGGCAGGUAAUGGAAAGUGGUUGUCUUACCUCAAAAAUAAUAUUGUAGAGAUGACAAGUGUUCAGAAAAGCAAUAACCAAGGUGAUCAAGAGUCUAGAGCAUUCUUCUAUAGGAAAGUUAACAACAUUUAGAGCUCUUGAUUAAAAAAAAAAGCAAGUGAGGGAAAACCUGAUGGAGGUUUCAACAAUUAUUCAAAGCCUGGAAAAUGGCUAGAGAGAGAAUUUUGCCUCUUUUAAUAUACUAGAACCCAGGGACACCCAGUUAACCUUAAUGCUGGAAAAUUCGGGUCAAAUAAUAGAAGGGACUUCUGCACGUUGCACACUACCACAAGAUGCAAUGAUGGCUACCAACUUGGAUAGCUUUAAAAGGGAGAGAGCAGACAAAUUUAUAAUGAAUAAGGCUAUUAAUGGCCAAUAGUGACAGUGGCUAAUUAUCUAGCUAUCUGGUUAAUUGGCACACAAAUGUCAGUGUUACAGUGUUCUGUAAAUGGGUCCUAAUAUCUGCUUUCACAAUAAAACAGGCAAGUCCCUCUGCAAAGGGAUAGUAAUAGCAAAAACCACUAGAGGGCAGAGCAGAAUCAGGAAAAUACCUGAUCUUAAGGAAAACGAAGCUCCCUGUGACUUGAAGUGGGGGGCAGUGGUCCUAGUUUUAAUUACGGUAAACACUUUACUUGGAAUUAAUGUGCUUCUAAACCCUGAUUUAAAUUGGUAAUGUUUAUUGUUGAUUUUCACUAAUAAAUGCUGCAGAACACUGAGCUGGUACUGAAUCAUGCACUCGGAGAGCAUUAUGCAAUUUAAAUAUUUCUUCAUUUGGUUUCGGCCAGCUAUGAAGACCGGACUCCAAAAGCUUCUGCUUUAGCCCCUUGUGAGUUGAAUAUUUUUAUAUCUAUCAGAGUUCACAUUUUCAAGAUAUUGCUGCAGUGUAAAACUAGAGUAGAAUCUGGUGUUUGUUUUAAAUUGAGAUUCUGUGACAGAAUCAGUGUGCACAUGUUCUGCUAAAUUCUGCUUAUUGUUGCCUGAGAUUAUAGGCCACUUGCACUCCUCUAAACUCAGAUACAAAGAAAAGGUAACAAUGCUCAUCUUUUGUUUUUCUUCUUUUGUAUCACUGAAUUCUUUCUGAUUUAAUAGCCAUAUUUCAAGUAAAUCCACUGAAAAUGAGUAUGACUUAGUUGACUGUUACCCUUAUUUAUUUAGCAUUAACCUUGUUCUCUUGUUUUGUUGUUCUCCAGGCGAUCCCUUGCAGUUUACACAGAGCAUAAAGCCAGCUCUCCAAGCCUCUGCUUCCCCCUGAGAAUAGGGCAGAUCCCUGGCUUUACUAUUCUGGGCUUAGACUUCCAAGAGCAUGGAACCCAAAACAAAGUAGCUGCAUGGGGAUUCCUGAAUUUCAAGGGUGGCAAUCACACACUGACUAAUGCAGUUGUGAAACUUUAAAAAGAAAACUUUAAAAGCUUUAAAAAGCAAAGAGAUGUCUAACAUUUUUCCUGCAGUCAGGACACUUCCAGAGUUCCAAAGUACCCUUCCACUUCAAUAUUGAGCUCAAAAGGAGUGGGGCAAUCUUCAGGUUUCAAGCAGAAGACACAGCACUAAUUGGCCAGCUCCCAUGAUGUCACCAGUAAAGCUUCCUGCACCAAACCCCAGAGCAGUUUUGAAAAAAUUUCCUUUCAUGAAUCCUUAGCUUAUUCAAAAGAAUGCUACGUGCGCAUUGUUUUAUGAGCUAUGCUGUCUUGUUCUUUCAAGACAAAGCUCUUUAGCUUUGGCAUAGCUUUUAGACACUAGUGAAGGAAUGCUAAUUAAUGAGCAGUCAAGGCCAGCUUGAAAUGCAGAUCACACUUGAGCUCUGCCAAUGUGGGAAUGAACUAGUGUGGCAAAGAGGGCUGAAAUAAAUAGUUUUGCCCUUUGAAUGCGGAGAAUAGAGUGAGAAAAUGGUCUGGGUUUGGAGCAUGUUGGGGAAACAUUGCCAAGAGGUUUCUGGCUAUUGUAGCAAUUCAUGGGGCUAUGGAAGAGCUGGGCUGAUUUGCUCAGGGAUCAGGGAUAUUUCCACUCUAGGCAAUUACUUUAAACUAGUACUUCUCAAACUUUUUGCAGUGGCAUAAGCCUUCACAUCAAACAAAAUGUCAGGGCAACCCUUCCAGCAAAUUCUUUUAAAAUACCUACUACUAACAGCACCAAACAACAUAGUGCUGAUUUAAAAUAGUGUUUUCAGAUCAAUUUUAUUCUGAAUUUAACAAUAUUACAAACACCUUAUGUAGUGAAAGUAAUUAAUGAAAUUAAUACUGAAUGAAAAUUGGGGAGGGAGUUGAACACUGGAAGAGCCAGCAAAGGAGAGUGGCAACAUUUAAAAGCAGCAACUCUAGCAGCAAAGUUAUUGAAAGUUUUCGUCUCCUGGUCUCUGAUGGAAAAUGCUUUUGUUUUGUUAUGUUUAUGAUCUUUAAGGCCUAGGCUUAUAUCAGAGAUACUUCUUCACCUAAAAGAGCAGCAUGUUUAACCCCUGCCAUCAAGCUGCAGCCCAGUGGAAGGUGCUAAGAGGAGGGACAAUAUAUUCCCAUGAAGAGGGUUUGAACAGCACAUUUAAGCCAGUAGGGGGUGCAGUCAGGCAGCAUUGCUUACCUGCUUUCCAGCGCUUUAUGUUACUGCCAGCUGCUGAGAGGGAGAGGUAGUGGUCACAGCGCCAGGAGUACCAGAUUGGCCCUGCUGCUGUGCUCUCACCAUGCUAAACUCCCAGCUGCCUCACCUCUGCCACUCUUGUAACCAGCAAUGAAACAUGGCCUGGGAGGCCAGGUAACCAAUGCCACCCCACUGGCCGCUAGUGAUACAGCCCUUGGAAAGCACAGUGAGGGGCAGAGGGAAAGGGAAGGGAUCUCCAGGGCAAUGGCUUGAGUGGUGCAUUUAAUCCCCAUGACUGCAGCUCAAUGGAAAUCGCACAUUGUGCAUGCUUGUCUACCAUUACAGCUGCAUUCUUUGCAGAUCCUCUUGGACUGCUUUGUGGAACUCCAGGGUUCUGCAGAAAAUAGUUUGAGAAAUGCCGUUGUAUACUAUCCAUGCUUUGUUCAUUCACUUUUUACAUUAUGUGAUAAAACCAUUGUCUUGCUUUCCACGUGCUUGUUUCUCCUUCAGACCACAAAAAAUUCUGACUUUGUUGUUGUUGAAAGAGUAUAAUACGUAGUGGCGUUUUCUUCACAGGUGUAAAUUUCCAUAGUGUUUAUAUACAUAUAUGCUGUUCUGAUUGUUCCACAAGUGCCAGCCAGAAUGAUAACCCCUCUCCUAACCUUGUAUGCUGCUCUGGGAGUUACCCUCACACACACACACACACAGGAAAUUGUGAGGGGCACAAAGAGGGAGGAAAGGGGUGAUUGUCUCACUGUAGUCUCAGAAUUAUUAUUAUUAUUAUUAUUAAUUUUAAUAUUGGGUGGCUUCCAACAGAAUAUUAAAAUAUUAUUUUAAUAUUAUUGGGUGGCUUCCAACAGAAUAUAAAAAUACAAUAACCUAUUAAACAUUAAAGGCUUCCCUAAACAGGGCUGCCUUCAGAUGUCUUUUAAAGAUAGGAUAGCUGCUUAUUUCUGAAGGGAGGGCGUUCCACAGGGCGGGUGCCACUACUGAGAAGGCCCUCUGCCUGGUUCCCUGUAACUUGGCUUCUCGCAGCAAGGGCCCUCAGCACCAAAAGGCCCUCAGCACUGGACCUCACAAGAAGACCUUGUGCUGGCUUCUGCUGACAGGACUCAUUGAGUAAAUCCCAUCCAUUAUGAAGAUUAUUCUAAUCAAAUAAAUAUAUAAUGGAUUCAUAGAUAAAAUAAUUAUAUUUACUUACAAACCCACAUAAUUUUUUUGAAGAAGAAUCUAAUGGUUCAUCAGAAUUUAUAUGGAACACUUUGAUUGUUCUACUUCUUUGAGUACAAACAAUCCUAUUCAGAUAUACCUGUAAUGUUCUUUAGCUAUACAGAGUGUUAUCCCAAGAUCUCUUGGGAGACCAUAUUUCUGUCAGAACAGAUUCCCAAAAGGUCUUGACAGUUGGGCAUGCCCAUGUGACAUGAAAUAUGUUUGCCUCAGGGGUAUUACAGUUUUAGCUUUAUUUCCUAGCCCCUGGGUACAUUUUAUUCAGUCUAGCAAGCGAGAGUCAGAUUGUCCUCCUGUUUUCUCUGUUCGUCUUUCUUUUCAGAACAUUUAAAAAAUCUGACACACACUCUCUCUCUCUGGCAGAAUGCAACAGUACAAUCUCCACAGGUGCAAAUCGCUAGAGCACUACUCUUACGCCUUUUAAAAGAGGCAUAGUGGAAGAGUAACUGGGCAGCCCUAGGAGUUGCCAGUCCAGAACCACCCUAAGACUACUUAUGCGUGUCCAGUUCUCUGCUUACAUAACUUAGCCACUUGCAAAUUUUACAAAGGCAUCCUAAGACUCAAACAUGGUACUCAGUGCUAAAGUGAAUGCUCCAUCAGUGCAAGGAUUUCUGCUUGCACAAGGGAACAUUCUCUCCUACCCACCAGCACAACAAAAAUAAAUAAAUCUGUUCUAGGAUUUUCCUUAACCUCCUGGAACAGAUUUGGGGAGAGCAUAGGGGGUGCGUGGAGGGAAGAGAGGAAGGGGAAAUGCUUAUUAUUAUUGGCUGCUGUCAACCUUCAUCUCUCUUUGUUUCUGGGCUCACAUUCUGCUUCAUUAGCUGCUGCUUGUGAAAUGGAGAGGAAAUUGAGUAAGAUAGCAUCUCAUCAUGUGCCCUUUCUUUACAUGGCAAAUGACCCUCUUGAGAGUGUCUUGCUCGAGGAGGUGGGGAGCUUUAAACAGUAUUAUGUAACCCAUUUAAGUCGGGACUCGGGAGCCAAAUGACAGGUGGGGAGAUGAAUACUGGUUAUGUAUGGUAAAUGUUCACUUUCCCAAUAAAUAUAUGUUUUUUAAACACUUGAUUCUAACUUCUUUUAAUUAGUAUUCCUUUGAAAUUACUGGGCACUUGAGGAAAAGACCCCCUGGGUAGCUUUUCUCCAUCAGGAAGUGGCAGCUGGAAAGGGCUCUGCUAAAGUGUUGCCCUCACAGUUAAUUGGGACUUAAGUCUUCAUUUGUGCAAUUAAAUGCUGCAUAUAUGCUAAUAGUGUUUUUAAAGCUCUUCUAUGCUUCAGGAAGAGAGUGAUGAAAAAAGAAAAGCUAGUGCUUUCUGCAACUUCCUACUGGUUAAAAGAGCAGCCCCAUUCAACUUAAGGCAAUAUAUUGGGAAAUUAGCAUGGAACAGGGGAGAACAGAAUGAGCUUUCAGAAGUAACUGGAAUCUGAUUUUUAUCAUUCUACCCUUCUUAGUUUCCAUAAGAUACCACUUCAGCUAUUGAACUCGAUCCUCUGCUUAUGCUGCAGUAGCUGAACUGAGGAUUAGGAUCAAAUUCCUGGUGGAAGUAAUUUGUGGAUACUGGGCAGCUGAAAUACUUCCAGAUCUCAAGCUUGACAGUAUUCUUCAAGGGAAUCUUUUGUUCCUGUGAUUUUCCCCCCUUAAGAAAUAAGGAUACUGCACUACAAUUAUGGCCAAAGCCUACACAGAGGUGGUGAAAAACUAUUUUUAAACAGUUACAUUAAAUGAAAAUGUAGGUGAGAAAUAUAUUAGUUCAGAACAUUUAUCAGUUUUCUGCCGCUUGCACUUUGAUUUGCUUCACAUUAAUCUUCGCCAGAAUAGUUUUUGGUUCUCAGUUAAUUGUUUUCAGCACUUCAUUGAUUUUAUUUAAGAACCCUGCAAUAUCUGAACCCAAGCCACACAUUUUUAUUUAUAUGAAUGCUCACAGCAGUUUUAUAACAGUUGCCUGUGUCAGUCCAAGUACUCUAGUUUCAGGUUCAUCAUUCCACCAUGUCCUUAGAUUACCUUUGGCAACCAGCUCAUGAAUGCUGCUGAGCUUAUAAACAAAGGCCUCCUCUAUGCUUCAGCCAUACUAGAUGCUGCCAAAAGGAGGUCCCAUAGUUUCAUUGAAAUGUGCAUGCUUUAUAUGUAUACAGUCAAGGGUCCAGUUACUGGCACAGUCACUUAAAAUAAUUUCAGGAAAACCUAUGUCUUAAGACCAUGGAGAGCUUUGGCUAAUCAGCAUAGACAGUAUAGUAUUGGACAAGAUGGAUCUCAAAUAUUUAAAAAGUUGAAAUGUCACUUUUGUUAUAUUGCCCUCUGUAUUUAGAACUGCUUUAGUUUUCCCAUUGUUGAUCCUUUAGCAACUAAUCAAGCCUUAGUAUCUAUUAUCAUGUUGGUUGUUCCUAAGCCAAAUAUCUAAUGCCGUUAAAUAAUUUCUCCCGAGCUAAAAAAACCCUCUCUCUGAUCUUGUUUUUUACCACUGAGUUGUAGCCUGAAGGCUCUGGCCUUGCAACCUCAUCCAUAUGCCAUCUCUUUGAUCUCAGCCAGGUUCACCCUUCUUCUACAGCUAAAUAUUUAUCACCAGCAUUUCUGAGUUCUUUGGUGUUCAAGUUAAUAAACCUGAAGAUCAAUUUACAUGGAGUGUGAGUUGGACAGGGAUUUAGCUGACGGGAUGGACACACUGCCUAAUGUGUCUUGAGGUCAGGACAGUCAGCCAUUUGGCCAUCCUGGUGUACCUUUUCCUUCACAUACAUCCAUGUUUAAUUGAAGCUAAAGGUUAGCCGUAUCAGUCACUUGUAAUUAGGGUUCUGAGUGAAACGUGAUCAUUGGAAAUCCAUGCAAUGAAGAACAAUAAUUUAUGGAACAUGAGAAUUCUCUUUCCAUAAUGCACUCUGUAUGUGAUCUGUGGGGAAUAGAUCUCUCUAUUGCUACUAGGGAUGGAAGGAUCUGUCAAUUUUGAUUCAUUCGGUUUCUAAUUUUUUCCAUCUUAAAUUUGAUUCUAUACAUUUCUGUGCAAUUUAUGAAUUUUUUUUUUUUAAUCCUUAUGAAAAUUCACCAACAUUUUAGUGCGAAUUUCUCCUAAUAAACUCAUUUUUCUACACAGCUUUAACUAACAGACACAUUUUUACAUGUUAUUUUCAUGAAUAUGUUAAUUUUUAUGUACACUUUUACUUAAUAUGUACUUUUUUGUAAAGAUUGGUUAAUUGGAGAAUUGCAUUGCAAAAUCUGAUGGAAGUAUGGAUUUCAAAGAAUGACUGUUUUGGUUCUCUAUUAUUUGCGGAAGUACAAAUUUGAUAAAUUCAGCUUCUAAUGUAAAUCUGAAACAAGUUUCUUUUUCUUCUGCUUUGAUCACCUUUUGAUUUGGAGUCAUACAUCUUGACAUUUUGCCAAAUAUCCAUAUUACUUGUAUUAAAAGCUGAAAUAGAUCUGGUUUGAAACAUCUUGCUAAUAAACAGUGCUUACUUCUUAAGCACUGCUGGAUCAAAUUCAAAAUAAAUACAGCAGUAUUUGCCAGCCACAAUUUGUCUGGAAAAGGUUUCAUUUGGCCCUCCAGUUAGAAUCUCUUCAAAGAAUUGUUUUACUAACAUGGCCCUGAAAUUUAGAGUCUCGUGCUCUACCAACUGAGCCAUCCUCUGCUGAGUAUUGCACUCUCCAAAUAUAUCAGACUCUUCUAAUACUAUAUGAGGUUUAUUUUGUUGCUUAAAAAGGUAAAGGUAAAGGGACCCCUGACCAUUAGGUCCAGUCGUGACUGACUCAGGGGUUGCGGCACUCAUCUCGCUUUAUUGGCCAAGGGAGCCGGCGUACAGCUUCCAGGUCAUGUGGCCAGCAUGACUAAGCCGCUUCUGGCGAACCAGAGCAGUGCACGGAAACGCUGUUUACCUUCCUGCCGGAGCAGUACCUAUUUGUCUACUUGCACUUGACGUACUUUCAAACUGCUAGGUUGGCAGGAGCAGGGACCGAGCAACGGGAGCUCACCCCGUUGCGGGGAUUCGAACCGCCGACCUUCUGAUCGGCAAGUCCUAGGCUCUGAAGUUUAACCCACAGCGCCACCCGUGUCCCUAUAUUGUUGCUUAGUUCACCAAUAUUUUAAUGGCAGAUAUAACUGUUCUCUGUUUGUUGUGAGAAACUGGGACAUGCAGUGAGCAUUUCAAAAUUUAAUAUUAGAUUGCACUUUUUAUAUAUAUAACCACUUUAAUGUCUAUCCUGGCUCCUGCUCCAAACACCAUGACUGAGGCUCUUCUGUGUGAGUUGGAAGAAAAGUUAUUCAAGGCUAGGUAUGGUGCAGGUCAGGCUAUAGGUACAAAGCAUGAAAGGGGUGGCUAGUGAGUUGAAGAACCAUAUCAAGAGUCUGAGAUUGGAUGAAAGCUGCAAAGAUGUUUUGACAAAUGGCUAUGUCUCUCCCACCAGGCAAGACGUAGCUCGCUCACUCAUGACACUCCCCAUAGAGUUUACUUGGAGGUGCGAUUUUCGCCAAGGGACCUGGGUCUGUUCCCUAAAGCAGAGGCAGUGCUGCAUUCUUGGUGGUGAAACCGAGAUCAGCCCCUCGGGUUGCUCCUCCACCUGUCUAGCCUUCCCUUCUGGCUGGUCAGCAUUCAACAUCAUCGCUAGGGAAUUUCUCCAACCCAUGGAAGGGGCAGGACAAUGAGCCAGCACACCUGCCUCCCCUUCCCUAGUCUCCGCAGGCGAAGGGGCAGGACCUUUUUCCAUCCUCUUUCUUCCCACUCUCCCGUUAAAAGCUAGAAAGAAAAUGUGGAAGGAGAAAUGUUAACGUGUUACCUACAACACAGUGUCCGUCAUUCUGUACAGUUUCUUUAGGCAAGUAGAAGGCAUGCAGAAGGUGGUUUAAUUCCCCGCAUACACCUAAUAUGGACCCAGACACCCACUAUCUGCUUUUGAAUCUCUCCCAAUAAUGUAACUUCUCCAUGUGCAUUCCAGUUCACACUAAUUAACAGUUUCACACCCAGAAUUCAACACAUUUUCAGCUAGGUAUUUUUAAAAUAACGCCUCAUAUGUUAAGCACUUUCAGUAAGGAAAAGUUAAAUUUUUAAAGGGCUUGUCCCCCCCCCCCGGCCUCCCGCAUGCAAGACAGUUUUUUCCAUGCAAUAUUGUGCUGCAUCUCUCUAAUCUAAGAAGGGGAAUUCAGCAGAGGAAAAGAAAGUCCAAGAGGAGAGGAAAGGACUGGGCUCAAUCAUAGCUGUCAAGCGUCCCUUAUUUGGCGGGACAGUCCCUUAUCCCAGCGCCAUGUCCCGCUGCUGUCUCUUAUUGAUUAUGUCCCUUAAAUAAGCUACUGAAGGUAAUGGGACCCUUUCUAUGUCCAGCUGUCCUUUGUCAACAACAAAUUGUUGCUUUUUGUGUGUGUUGAAUAUAUGCUAUAUGGUAAUUUAUGGACCUAAUAGGUAUCUAAAGCCAUUUGCAUGCAGCAAAAUAUGUAUUUUAUCAAAGUAAUUGUUGAUCCCUUAUUUUGGCUGCUGGUCCCUUAUUUUCAAAUCUAUAAGUUGACAGCUAUGGGCUCGAUUGUGAAAGCAUACGUCAUUAGUCCUUUGGAAUUCCUCUGCUAAUCAGAUUAGACAACACUGAAUUAGUUGAGCAAUGGUCUGACUCAAUAGUCAUAAAUUUAUUCUCCCUCCCAGGACUCUUCCUCAGAUUUCUCCUCCAGUCGCUCCCUUGUUCUCAGUGUCUUUCCCCCGCCCCCCAACCACACAGAGAGCAUGGCCUGGCAUGAGCAACUAGAAGGUACACCAGUGGGGACUAUCAGUUGUUGAGGUCAUUCCUAUAUUCCAGCUACUUAGGCUGGAAGGAAGUUGAUCAUUGACUGGGAGAUUUCAUUCAAGGAUGGCCACUUAGGCAUCUCCAAAAGACAACAGGACAUAUUUGCAGAAUUGCAGAUCAAGAAAUAAUUGCUAUCAUUUAAACUAGAAAUAUGACAUUUCAUCAUAGUGGAGACGAUUGUAGCAUGUAAAGGUAAAGAUAAGGUCAAAGACCCCUGGACAGUUAAGUCCCGUCGAAUUCAACUAUGGGGUGCAGUGCUCAUCCCUGCUUUCAGGCAGAGGGAGCCGGCGUUUGUCCUCAUACAGCUUUUCCGAGUCGUGGCCAGCAUGACUAAACCGCUGACCUGGUGGUUUAAACCACAGCGCCACCCACGUAGCAUGUAGGCCAAAUCACUCUGCUGUCCAGGUGCUGAGUGGCAACUUUGAAGUCCCUGCUUUCCCUUGCCAUGAUUUCAUAUUUAAACUGGACUUGGACUGGGUAGCCCUUCCCAUAAUGGACCCCUCCAAAUACAAGACUGCUCUUCUAAUGGAGAGAGGACUGCCUUCCGCAAAGUAGGGCAACUGACCACAUUGACCAGAAUACUGCCCUCACCAACGUUGGUCUUGUGGAUUUCUGCCAAUGCACUUGAAAUUAAAAAUUAAAACAAAUCUAACUCUGGAGGAUGUAAACAGCACCCUCUCUGGAACCUGCUUUCUGGACCAAUUGAUUCACUUUGCUUCAAACUGAGGCCUGUCCUGCAAGCCAAUUUACUUUCACUCACAUUCAUUCUCUCUCUCUCUCUCUCUCUCUCACUCACACACACACACACACCCCACACCUCCUAGGAAACACUGUCAUUCAGCCUUUUAAGCCAUUCAACCUUUUACCCACCUUUGAUAUUUAAUCUUCUCUUCACCUUCUUGAACAAAUUCAAAGGUUUGUAAAGAGUGCAAAUGACAUUUCAGUAGACAAACUUAGGCUAUCCUUGGCUGAUAUAAAUUAAAGAUGGAGGCCAAAAAGGGAAAUGGUGUACUGAUUGAAGACUUGACUUUUAAUUUGCCCUCAUCCUGCGGGUUUUUCAGACUGUACCUGCAUAGCUACAAUGUGCCCCCUUUAUAACAAUGGUGAAUAGAAACUGAAAUCUGCCAUCACUUUAGCUGAUGUCUAGGCUGUUCCUUAAAUGGUUAAAAUUCUAAACUUGUGCUAUAGAUUAGGGAAUCAUCUCCUUUCAAUCUUUGUUCUUUCUAGACGAUCUCUUACCUUUCGGGACCAAAUAAAAAACAUUGUGACUAGGGAACAACUGAUCCCCAAUUCAGUAGUUAGCUGAGUCUAUCAAUGUGCACGGCGGGAAUAAUGUAACUAUGAAUUACUUACCAGUAUGUUUGUGGGUAGACUGGCAUCAUCUACAGCAGAGAGGAGGAACCCGUGGCCUCCAUGGACAACAACUCCAUCAUCCCAAUGAACAUGCUGGCUGGGGCUCAUGAGGUGAAUUGGAGUCACCUAGAAGGCCAGAGUUCACCACCUUUGACCCAUAGUGGAAUUACUCCUAAAUAAGCAUGCAUAGUACGGAACGUUCAGUCUUGCUCAGCCAUUACCUUUUCUGCUACUUCAUUGUGUGUUAUAAACUUCUGGAGUUCCAUAUCACAUGGGUGAUGGUUCACAUCACGACUUCCAGCAGUUGAUCUACCUGCUCAGAGGUGGUUGAUACUGGUGUGGGGGAGCAGCCAUGUGAUUUGGGCAACCUGGGUUAAUGCAGCUGUCCAGAAGUGGAAAUGUGGAAAUCAAACACAUGGGAACAACAACUUUAUUACAAAGUUGACAUUUGUCCAGGUUGAAGUGAAGACUGACCCAAACAUGUCAAUUUCACAGGUAGGGUAUCUAUGGGUCAGUUUUUCUGAGGCAAAGAGACUUCUACCAGGUGUCAAGUUCUUGCCCUGUCCACAAGGUUCAAAUUCUCUCUCUCUCUCCAAUUUGUAUUUAAAGAAAAACAGAUCAGUACCCCACAGGAAAUGGCACAAUCUUCAGCCACAGGAUUUCUUUCAAGAGGAAUACUAGCUCAGUUGUAGAGCACAUUCUUUGCCUGCAAAAAAAAAGUCCCAGUUCAAUCCAUGGUAUCUCUAGGCAGGGCUGGAAAAAGGCUCUUGCCUGAAAGCUGAAGAGCUGCUGCAUGUCGGUUUUGACAAUGCUCAGCUAGAUGGACCAAUGAUCUGACCUGGUACAAGGCAGCUUCUUCCUCUGUUUACUACUGAGCUGCCUUUUCUCAUGGGAAAAAGCAUGGAGAAAAGACAAACAAGCAGGCUGGACAGAUGGGAAAAACCCUGAAGGCUGCAAAAGGCCCAGGAGCUGCUCAGCGACACUGGUGUAGAUGAAAGCCUGGCUUUUCUCAUCCCUGCUGUGCAGCUCUUACUCAUUCAGCCAUCAUUGGACUUAAAUCAAUGACAUGUUAAUCAAUAGGAGAUCAACACAGCACAUUCAGCGCUAGAACAGAUGUGUUCUGCUUGGCAGUACACCUAGCGGCAGGAGUUGUGUUUUAAAAAAACAAAGGUGUUAGAUCUUUGUGAAAAAGUUUAUGCUAUGGGUUACAUCAAUGGAAAUGUCACAUUUUGCAAGCAACCCCCUCACACCAACCUUGUUACUCUUUAUUAUGCAAAAAGUAAAAAAUCUCUCCCCCCCAUCUGCUUCAAAGUUAUGCAUUUAAAGCAGCCCAAAUGCUUCCAGUACUUAGCAAUAAGACUUGCUUCUGAGUAGACAUGCAUAGGAUUGUGCUGUCAUUGCCUAGGAUAAGGUUUGGUGCUUCCCAAUUCUCCAAGCAGUGAAAAAUUCCAGGGCAGCUUUUCCAUAGCUGUCAACUUACAGAUUUGAAAAUAAGGGGCCAGCCUCAAAAACAAGGGAUCAGUAGCCAAAAUAAGGGAUUUUAGUCAACCAGCUCCUUUCCUUUCCCCCAUAACAGUCAAUCGAAGGAGCCUCCAAAACAAAUCCACCACCCCCCACGAGAUCGCCACCUGCCAUUGUACUCAACCAGCUCCUUUCCUUUCCCCCCAUCAUGUGCCCCCGCUCCAGAAAGACCUUUUCCCCAGCAAGGGUAAGUGGGCUGUCGAUGACGUAUCCAUCCGAUUCCGAGCACAGGUAUGUUCAACUUCUGAGCCCCUCCGAGCCAAAGGAAGAGCCCAGCCAGCAGCCAAACGAAGCCUCAAGCAGUGGUUCCCACAGCGCAGCAACCCGGCAAAGGGGAUGCAGCAAGGAAAACCACCGUCACUUCUCCGCUGGGAAGCGCUGAGCAAAGGCGAGUCCCCAGGCAAUGUGGCCAGGCACAAGGCAUGCAAGCUCCACCCCCCCCAGUCGUUCUUAGACUCCUUAUUGGAUGAGCAACACAGCCAAGCAGCACAGUUGGAGCCUCCCUGGCUGGCAGGGAGGGACCGAGAGGAGCUGAUUCCUUUGAAACCCAGGAAAUUUAAGGGACAUCAUCAAUAAGGUACAGCAAUGAGACACGGCGCUGGAAUAAGGGAGUUUGCCGCCAAAUAAGGGACGGUUGACAGCUAUGAGCUUUUCCUUGAUUUCCCAGCAUUGGAAGAGACUGAUAGCAUUUUAUUUUAUUUUAUUUUUUGUCAAUCUACAAAUAUACAACUAGAGCCUAUGUGUGCAUGUGCACUCUUGCCAGGCAUACAAUCUGUUAUCUCACCUCAGAUCUCAAGAAAGAGGAAAGGCAUCUUCAGCUCCAGCUGCUUUUUGCCUUCAGAUCAGGCUCUCCUGUCUCUCUGCAAAAUAGAAAAUAAAAAGCUAACCAAAACACUCUAACACCAGCCCCUUCCCUUUAUAUUCAGGGAGGGGGAGUCAAGGGAUGUAGCUUCUUCCAAGCCUCCCCCCAUUUAAAGUGCUCGUAGCAAGAUAUCUCAACUAUUUCCUGACCAUUAACUCCCAUUGAGGAACUAGCUAUCUAGGCCAGUCUCCAUAACAAAGGAAGAUUGUUCAGUCAUAUAACAGUUUUCAGCCCUUUACAAAGGCAUGCCUAGGGGCAGCACUUGUCUGAUGAUGGUUUGUGAACGCACCCUCCCUGUUUAGGGAAGUUUUUAAUGUUUGAUGUUUUAUCCUGUUUUUAAUAUUCUGUUGGAAGCCACCCAGAGUGGCUGGGGAGGUCCGGCCAGAUGGGCAGGGUAUAAGUAAUAAAUCAAUUGUCAUCAUCAUCAUCAUCUCACAUUCUCCAGCAAUGCAGAGUUCUACAGCCUAUGUACCAAGGGUGGGAAAUCUGUGACCCUCCAGAUGUUUCUUGACUCUUUUUGCUUACUGUAUGUUUUUGACAUUUUACCAACUUUUUUGUUACUCCAUUUUUAAUUUUUUAAAAUUUAUCUAUACAGUUACGUAGACUAGAACCCUUGAACCUAGCCUAGCCAAGUUCAAGGGGUCAAUAGUUUGCAUAUUCAGGAGGAAUGGGGAGCCUUGCACCUGUAGUGAGAUGCUGGUGUCACUCAUCUUGGUGAUUAUUGAGAGAUGUGUCCCCCCAUCCCUGCAAAGUAACUAUGCAAACAUUUCCAUGAGAAUCCAGAGGAUAGUCUGGAAUGCAAUAUAACAUCACAACUUUGCAUGUUCAGAACAUGCAAAUUGGUUCAGGCUUCAAGCACAGGAGUUGGGUCACUGAUUAAUAGAGCUGAACGGCUGCAGGCUGGCCACAAAUUGAACACUGCUGUGUACUGGGUAAGCAAUGCUAAGAAAGUAAGGCAAAGCAUCACAAUAAUACAGAGGCAUAACUGGCUCCACGCGUCCCACUAUCCACACUAAGUUCCUAUUCCUUAAAUGGCAGCUUUCAAUUGGAUACUGCAGACCAAAAUUGUGACAUGUGCUAUUUCAGUUUUUUCUUAGUUCUUUACUCACCAGUGUUCGCAGUUUUGCAUUUAAAAGGCUUUGGAAAUCAAGAACACCAAUCCAGCUUCUGUAACUUUCCUGGAAAGUAAUGGCAUGUUUUUUAGCCAGUCAGUCAGCCUCACACCCACAGUUAACUUUUCUUAUUGACUUUUAUCUUUCUUCAAGAAAAGCUUUGUGGAUUGAUGCCUGAGUAAUUGUGGCUUUUAUUGGCCUGGCAUAUUGUUAAGUUUGUGGCUAAUGAAUAGAAAUGUAGAGCUGAUCAUUGUGAAUCUUUCAAAGUGGUCGGCGCAACAGCCUGGGAUCUGCAGCGAUUAUUACACUCAAGGAAAUAAGCCCGCACAGUAUUGAUUUUCUGGAGAAGGGUUUUUUCAAACAUGGCUAUGCAAUGCAUUAGACAGGGAAGCAGAUUUUUCAUGGGCUGCUAUUACCAAGCAGUAUUGGAUAGCUUUACAUAAUGCCAUUCUACCAAGUGGCAAACACACUGAAGAAACUGUAAUUUUUUAAGAAUAGUCUGUAAUUAUACUAGCUUUCAUCUAGUGAACAGAGUCAUAAUUGCUUUGUGGGGAAAAAAUAUGGUUGAUCUUAUUUAACUAUAAAUCAGGUUUUUUAAAAUCAUAAUUAGCAUUCAGUUUUGAGGUCACACAAAGACCCUUUAUCAUGUUUUAAGAUAAUCAAAUCUCAAGUGCUCUUCCAAGAAAAAUUGUAUUUCAGUACACAUGCUUUGAUCACUAUAAUUUCCUUCGUAUUUUUUUUCAAGCUAAAUUGUAAAUUUUGAUUUUCUUUCAUACCAUGUUUUUGUUUCAUGCACAUAGCAAACCCAUCACCUCCUAAUGUUAGGCAAAUAGUACUUUUCAAGCUGGUUUCCUAGGAAACAAAUAUAAGUGGCAAUAGUGCACCAUUCAUUAAUACAUCGAACAGUUAAAUAAUAAUUCAGAUUUAUUCCUGUCUCGCCCUGUCCUGAAUUGAGGGCAGUGAAUACAGUUUUAAAUGAUAAAAAUGUGGCAGAGGUUUCUCAAUAGAAGCUGACCAUGUUCAUGGGAUGAAGGGAGAGGGGAAAGAGGGCAAAUGUAGACAAAACAUAAAUUAUAAUAUUGAUCUUAACAAAAUGAAAAUAUGGAGAACAGGUGACUUUUCUGAGCGAGGGGCGCUGUACAUGGGAUACCACUCAAUCCAUCCACCAGCAGGUCUAUCUUAAAAUGGUGGCUGUGGAUGUUUAGUUCGGUUUUGCUUCCUUAUUUGAUUGUUUUUAUAAAGAUUGAUAUUGCUUAUUUUGCUCAUCAGUGACAAUUUUAAACAUUAACAAGUAGAAUUUGCAAUUUACCUGAAUCAGUGUAAGUGAUCAUUAAUUGAUACUGAUAAUUUAAAAACCCAUUUCUAACUGCUCAGGUAAAUAAAUCCCUCCAGAAAGAGAUGUGUGAGAUUUGUGAGUUGCCAGGCAAAAGUGUUCCUUUAUAACCAUGCCUUUGGCUGAUUAAACAAUCUAUGGGGUUUAAAUGGUUUUGUGGUACAAACGAUUAUUGGUUCCUGUUGUUGUGGUGGUGGUGGUGGUGCAUUUUGUGUUCUUAUUUUGUAUUUCUAUGCUGUAAACCACCCUGUGAUCUUUGGAUGAAGGUUGGUAUAGAAAUUUAGUAAAAUAAUUAAGUAAAUUGUGAUGUUUCUCCAUUGACAUAGGUAAGAAAGGGAAACCAGGUUUCAAGAAUUACAAUUGCCAGUCUGCUCUGACUGGUAAGCUUUUCUGCCAAGCCUGGUUGCCAAAUCAUGGUAAACCAUCUCUGUAUCAUGUAACCUUGGACUUCCAGUCCCUUGCUAUUUUCCAUCUUAUUAAGAAGAGGAUACCUAUACAUCUUUAUGACACGUAAUGAGUCUUUCUGAGGAAAAUUAACACUAGACAGCAGAGCUGGUUCAAAUUAAUAGGAUACUUCAUGGUAUCUGAUUUCCCCCUGCUCCUAAACAUUUGUUCCUUAAAUGCAGGAACCGAUAGCCAUAGCCACUGCUUGUGAUAUAGGGCACUUCCCCUUUAAUAAGAAUUAAAGGAAUUCAUUACAUGAGGGUUUUUGUGUGUUUUUUAAAUACUGUUCCAAAUAAGAUACAAUAACACAAAAGAUUUGGAGUGGCCAUUGCUAAAGUUAUGCUUAACUAUGAUAGAUGCGAACAAGGAGCUGACAUGAUUUCUCUCCACUUACUAAUGCGUUAAUUACAUUUAAGCUGGAUCUUAGCUUUCAUUAAACACUCAUCUUCUUAUUUGCUGCAGAGCAGAUCUCUUGAACUGCUAUGUCAGUAUUUCAAUGGUUUGUUUUUCUACUUAAAUGUGCUCUCUCCUUCUCUCUCCCCACCACUGCCUUGGUUCCUUUGUACAGCUACAUUGUACGCACACAAAAAAGAGUUGCACCGUAGGUCCACUGACAAAAUUUGAACAAUCAUUUCUAUGCUGACCAAGUAAAGAUAUACUGGUAGCAAUCCAUAUCCAUUCUGCUCAAUAGCAGUAGUUGGACUUUUUUUCAGUGGGGGGUAUAUUGCACCCAAUCAGCUUAUUAUCAUCUCCUUGUGCCCCACUGAAGAAGAGACACUAUCUUAGAAACCUUUCCACUUGGAUGCUCUGUUAGUCCCCCUAUGACCAGCCAAAGAAAUGAUGAUAUUCUGAUGCUGAUGCUGCAUUCUCCAGCGAUACAGGUCAUCUGUAUAUCUCUUUUUUCACAUCUAUAUAAUCACCUCCUGACAGAAAUUCCUCAUGACAGGAGGCAAAGAAGCAGCAGCUACAAACUGAAAUAUUUGUCUUUAAAGAAAAUAGGAUUUCACUCUUCUUCAUGGUUGGCCUGAUGCUUGAAGUGAAUUUUGAAUGCUGAAUUUUGAAUGGAAGAAAGAACUACCCUCAGAAGUCAGUAGGAACAUUUACUGUUUUACCAUAGCGGGGGUUGAGCACCACUGUGUCAACACCCACCCCCAAAAACCUCAAAGCUAAAGCGAAGAGUUCCUGCUCUAACUCAGUUCUCAUUUAUUGUGAAACAUUUCAAACAUAACCCUGCCUGUUAUCAUUAUUAUUCUAUUUAUUGUAUAACUUUUUUGUUUGUUUCCCAUGUUAUUUUCUAAGGAAACACAAGGAAGCUAACAGGUUAAAUAACAAUACAAUACAGUAUAAAACAAAUUACCUUCAAAUCAUCUAUCAUCCAGGUGCUCAUUUAAUGAUAGCAUGUAGUACAAUACACCCCAAGGAUGAAUUAUUUUGAGAGUGUGCUUAAGAGGGGGGAAACGAGCAUCAUCUACACUAUGAUAGUUUCCAUUUGCAAGGAAGAAACUAAGAUAUAUGGACUGUGCUGAGCAUCCCUCUGGAGGAGCGGCUGUUUCGAGUAACAGACCACUACUUCUGCAGCGUAGAAAAAAAUCAGUUACAUUUAGUAUGAAAUGCAUGGAGUUAUACACACUCUUAUUCAUAGCUUUACAAAGUGCACACAUUUAAUGAUGUGUAUUGUAAAGGGUACUAAAAUAUUAACAGAGUAGAAAAUCCAUUUGGAGGCACUUUAGAGGGGCAUUUAGCACAUACUUUUUCCAGCUUGUGACAGGAAAGGUUUGUCAAAAGAAUGUACGAGGAAUUCUUAAACAAGCUCAGGGUCUCAUCCAAAGCUGCACUUGACAUGAGAAAUGGUGGCAGAUACUCCCCUGGGUUGCAUGGAUGCAAGCAUGGCCCUAUUGGCUGAUGCAAACAGAUAACAUCACUGCUGUGAGCCAGCAUCUGCCCUAUCAUUGCCAGGUGGUAACAAACUGUGGGUGCCAUCGUAUAUGGAAUGGCCGUUUAAGAUGUUUGCUGUGUUUUAUUCAUUGUAAUAGCUCAUGUACAUUGCAAAGCAGGACAGAGAACCAGAAAUAUUUUUUAAAAAUCAAUAUCCAUGACAGAAAUUAGUUUACGGCUAAUUUUGUAUUUUUGUAUUUUAAGGUCUGUGAGGAAACCUGGGAUUCCAUCAAUUUGCAAAACAAGAAAGCAAGCAAUUUUUUAUUAAUGAAUGUAGAAUGAUAUAAAACAUAUUAAAAUAUGUCACUUGGGUGUGGGUGGGUGGGUGUUAUUUAACAAUUAUUCUUAUACUUUUAAAAAUAAAAACAAAGUUAAAAAAUGCGCAUCUGUCUUGCUGACCUUCAAUUGUAUUUUGCAUAACCUUCAACAGAAUUCUGCUUGAAUCAGUUAGAAAUUGUUGUUUGUUUGUUUGUUUUUUUAAUAAUGUUUAUUAAAAUUUCACAAGAAAAAAAGAAAAAACCACAUUAAUGAAGAAAAGAUUAACAAUAAAAAGAAAAAGUACAAAGGAAAAAAGGAAAAAAACAAUUUAAAACAAUUUCAUCUUUUCCUCACUUCUUUUACAUUUACUUGUUUCUCGGACCUCCUCUUACCCCCCUCUUUUGUAUUCUAAUUAAAUAUGUUAAUCCAACAAUUCCUUUCCCUCCUUUUUAAUCCUAAUCUUUAAGAAUCAGUUAGAAAUUGUUGAAAGUGUGUCUCAGGUGAACAAAGUUGUUGCCUUUUCUGAACCUAGGAGUUGCAUCACUGGAAAAAUUCAUCACUGUGAUUCUAAGGCAAGUGUGAGAUGUCUGACUCAUUCUCCAGAUCAGGUCUCUUUCAUUUAAACCAUGCCAUCUUUCUACCUAAAGUCUCCAGCCCAGCCCUUCACCAGCCUGGUGCCUUCCAGAUUUUUGGGACUACAGUUCUCAUCAGCCCCAGCCAUCUGAGUUGUAGUCCAAAACAUCUGGUAUGAAAACAAAUUUGGAAAUACAAUGUGUGAAUGUGGAGAGCAGGGAUUAGUGAGCUAGUUUUGUCUCCCUGCAUUGCUGUUUCUGUCUCCAAUGAGUUGCGCAGACAACUGUCUGAAGUGGCGAUUCUAUGUCAGAUACCUGGAACUUCCAUGAGCAGAAGCUGCUGCCUGCUUCAGAAAGUCUUCCUCCAACUUGUGGAGGGUGAAUAAAGUCUAUUUUGGAGUCUUGUAACCGUGCAACAGAUUUGUGGAGACACCCACCUGCCAAUCACCUGCUGUAACAUUUUUUGAGGUGCAAUGCCAGAUUCUCCACCACCUCUGGGGUUGUUUUUUUAGCUGUACCCAUUUAGUAUAACAAACUCUAACACUUGGCUUCACUCUCAUGGGACUCUUCCCAAUGUCUCCAUUAUCGGAUUUGCUUUGAGCUCUAUUGCCCUGACUUGUCUCCACCAUCAAGCUUUCCCUCCAUACCAGAAAUGUUUAGUUCUAGAGCUAGCAAUCCUAGUUUCAGAAACGACUCAAACAAAUAAGAAAACUCUCUAAUAUAAGAAAACAAAACCAACACCCCACAGUUCAAUCAGGCACAUUAAUCACUGUAAAUAGAAUUCUAACUAGAAUCUCUUAAUUGGGAUGAUGCAUUGUGACACAAUGUAUUCCAUUCAUGGUUUUCCAUUAACUUCCAUGCGACCUAUUUCUCUACCUUGUGACAGGUUCGUAUUUUGCUGUGAACCUAAGAGGAUGCAUUGCAGUUUGUUUUCCAAUCUUCACGGAUGAGAGCUUCAUUAGAAGAAUCUUUUCUCAUUAACCACUGAAAUAAUUUAUGUGCAGGGGGAUGUGUUUUUCCCUUCUUGUCUUCCUUUGUUUUCCUGCCUUCUCUAGGUAUUUGAAGAACUGUAUCUUUGGAAAGCAAGGAAGGGACAUGUAGUUUUUGGUCCUCAAAGUCAAUUUAAUAUGACAAAGCAUGAAAAAAAGAAGAGUACGGUUUUACUUCCACCUUCUGGGUUGUUGAAAGGUGACAGUGGCCCCUCUCAUAUAUUAUACAUGUUGGAUAUACCAUGUCCCAAGUGUCAAAACUCUGCCUUAGAGGUGAGCCUGACUUCACAUGGUCACACCUGUAUGGUGUUGCUAUUUGGGAAAUCUAGUGCAACAGUGCGCAGAAAGAAAUAACCUGGCAAAGCUGCUGGUUGUAAAGACAAAGAAAACUUAAACUUCAUUAAGGCAAACAAAGCCAUUUGAAGUGUAGGUUUUAUACUUGGCCAAGCUAGAGCCAAGAAGUGAACACUAGCACAUGCUAACUUGGACUAACUUGGAAAAGAAGCAGGAAGGAAGUAAAGCCUGAGAGGAAAUGAUCUACUUUACCCAGUGUCGUAGCAUUGGAGGGCCACAGGGGCAGUUGUCCCAGGCACAAAAUGGUUAGAGGCAAAAAAUUUCAACACCUCAGUACAGCUGCAUGCUUCCCUUGCUGGGCUCCAUUGAAAUGACUUCUCCAUGCAAACCAGGAAGUGACCUCUCCAGAGAACGGAACAGCUUUUCUUAACUCUGUGGCUAGGAUCUCCUGGGUAAUGUAGACGCUGUUAGGCAGUUGAAUGCGGUGUGUUGUUGUUUGGUUGUGUCCGAUUCUUCGUGACCCCAUGGACCAGAGCAUGAAUGCGGUGAACCCUUUACAAUACUCCACCUGUUUCUCUCCCUCCAACCCACCCCUCCACGCAGCCCCAGGCACUAGCAACCCAUGCUACACUACUAACAUAACCAACUAGUAGUUACAAAAAAGAGAAAGAAGCAGAGACAGAGAAGGUCCCUUAGGACUCAUCAUAGACAUAGGGAGGGACCUGACUCAGAGGGAAUACCUACAGCGAAGGAGGAGGUGCAAGACAAUGGCUUCCUAUAAUAAGGGAGUAUAUUUCAUGAGUCUCUGCAUGUUUCCUGUUUUGAUUCCUUAAUAAAUCUACUACCUGCAAGUGAGCUGCGAUGGUCUUACCUUUCUCUGAACUGUGCUGAACUGUGCGAGGUGUCAGUACUCUCGUGACACAGGCACAUACCCAGAACGCAAGAGGUUGUGGAGGAAGGAGAGAAGGAACUGAGGGGAAGGACAACAAACUCAAAUAUUUAUGUUGGUUUUAGUUAGUUUCAGCUUAUUUGUCCUACAGACCACAAAUAAAUACAUUAUAGGCUUAUCAAAACCAUCACAGCAGAGAAAAAACACAAUAUACAUGCAAACAGAUUGUUCUGAGUGUGCCUUUUAAAAUACACAAAAUUCAUGAACAAUCUAUGAACUAUCAGAAAUAGUUAAAUAAUACAGACAAUUUUGGCUCAGAACUUAUCUUCCCUUUUUAAUAAUUAUGGCCUAACAUACUUAUGUGCAAGAUUUUGGGUUUGUUUGUUUUAAUAUUUAAAAUUUUCAAAUAUUAUUAAAGGUGCAAGCAUUUUUGAGUUGCACUGCAUACUGCCAUUUCUUGUUGCUUCAGGAAAACAGUGCCUGACAGACCAUUUCGGAGGGACGAUUGUUGCUUAGCGUUCAGCAUAGUAAGAGUGCCUAGCAAAUUUUAAUGCUGAGUGUGAGGAUAGUUUCCAUGAAGAAGCGGCCAGCAAGAAAAAGAUUGAAGUCAGUGAAUUUCUGAUAAAUGUGACAGAAAAACUGACAGACUGCUUUAGGUCCCUAUUGAUCUGCUCUUUAUUGAAAUAAAUUGAGCUAGAUACUAACUGCUUUUGAAUGGGUUUCCAGCAAUUCUCACUUUUCCUGCUCUCAUUUCUUAAGAUGUUUGGGCGAAGGUAAAAGAUGUGGACUGGGUACAUGUAAUGACUGUUUAAAGAUGAGGAGGGGGUUCUAUAUAGCAUAAUUGCUUCCAUGUUCAUAUUGAUUUAUGUGCUUCCGUGCCCUACUGUAACUGGGGCUAUAACUAAACCUAAGCAUAUGUAACUGAAACAACCACAUAUUGCUUCCCUAUUUAUACCUUCUGCCCCUCCUCCCCAUCCUCUGUUUCCUUUACGCUGAAUUUUAAAUGGUAAACUUCUCUGAGUAAGAACUGCCCUCUAAAAUGGUAACUCACUGUGUGAUUUAUUUAUUUAUUGCUUGUAUCUGCAUACACACAAAAUGACAAAAUACUACCCCGCAGGUUGUCAGGAAAAAAUAUUUUAGCUCUUGAUGAGGCAGGAGAAGUGGUGGGCAUUUAUAACCCCUUGCCAGCAGAGUAGACCAAUUUAGUUUCCGUUGCUUAUCACUGAUGCCAAGUCAUUGAUCAGCCUUAUAGAAUUGCCCUUGUAUACCUUGUUGUCUAACCAUUAAUACCAUUACAUUUGCCCCAACUUUUUCGAGCAGUGAGAAGCUUGCAGAGCUGAAAGUGAAUUAUUUGCCUCUUUUUCUAUGUCUCACUGAAACCCACCUCUCUUUCACAGAUCGAGAAAGAACUAGAUUAGCAGGAUGAGGAAAGGAUAUGCAACCUGCCCACCUAAGAACUUAAAUAAGACCAUAAUUAAGAAGAGGCCUGCUGAGUCAGACCAAAGACCUAUCUAGUUCAGCAUCCUGUUUUCACAGCGCCACAAGCAGGACCUGUUUGUGAUUUCCAGCAUACUGUGUCCGACACUGAAGGCGGAACACAGCCACCGUGACUACCGGCCAUUGAUAAACUUAUCCUCCAGUAAUUUGUCUCUUCUUCUUCUAAACCUGUCCAAGUUGCUAGUCAUCACUACAUCUCGUAGGAGCGAACUAUGCCUGGUAAGUGCCUUCUUUUGCCUGCCCUGAACCUACCACCAUUUUGCUUCAUUGAACGGCCUCAAGUUCUAGUACUAUAACUGUUAAGUUGUGGGUGAACUUAUCAGACGACACAGCGAUUCUUCAAACAGCUCUUGUUUAUUCAGAAGCCAGAACAGAACUGAACUGAAGGGCUCAGUCAGCCUGCUUAUAUAGAGCUCCAGUACCUCGUUACUGUAACAACUUUCUAAAACUAUCCAAUCACUGAACGUCACUUUCGAUCCUUCAUUUGCAUAACUAUCUACAGUAUCCAUCCAAUCACUGAACGUCACUUUCGAUACUUCAUUUGCAUACUAUCUACAGGAUCCCCCUGCUGGCCCAGGGUGAGAACUUCAGUACAUAACAAUAACAGAGGGAGGAAAACUGCCUAUCAAGUCUGUCCACUUCCCUGACUGCAUUUUCCAACUCAGAUCAUUCCAGAGUGAUCCUGCAUGAGCCCUUGUGGAAAAACACCUGAAUGGUGUCAGAAAUGCAUGGGUGCCAACUUGACUAAAAUAUUGGGAAGCCCAGGUAUGUCCUGCACAAUUGAUCACAUGGCACAGCACACACACACCAUCUGAAUGACAAUGCCCAUCAACUUGAGGGGGGCAAAUAUUUUAUGGGGAGGCAAAGGGACCUUGACCCCUAGGAGGUGGCUUCUAUGCCUGAGAUAGGGGGUUCACAAUGAAGAGGAAAGCUUACAGAGCCCCAACUAGCCUCUUCAGAGAAGGCAUGAAGGGUCCUUACCUCUUUCAGCAGAGUUUAGGACCCGACUCAUCAUAGGGAUCCUCCAGGGAGCUCUAAGUAUAGGUGUAGGGGGAUUUCUCAACAAUACUAAUACCUGACCACGUUCCCCAUCACUUCCUGCCACUCAGCACUGGACCAUCUUGCUUCUGAUCUCUCACCAUGGCAGCACCUCUUGACCAAGCUACUGGCGUGCUGGUUGUCAUCUUCCACAAAUACGCCAGUAAGGAUGGUGAUAAGAACACCCUAAGCAAGAAGGAAUUGAAGGAGCUGAUACAGAAGGAGCUCACCAUUGGACUAAAACUGCAGGAAGCAGAGAUACAGGCAUUAAUGAAAGAUCUGGACCGCAAUGGGGACCAAGCGGUGAACUUCCAGGAAUACGUCACUUUCCUGGGUGCCCUGGCAAUGAUUUACAACGAAGCUUUGAGUUCGUAAAUGUACACCCCGGUGGGGCGAGGUGUCGUGGUUCGGGAUUAUACCUCUGUAGGCGGUUUCACGUC